AUGAAGAAAAACAGAGGCCGGACAGGUCGCAAGAGAAGAAGAAAACGCUUGCAGAGUUAUAUGGAUGGAGUCAACUGCAGUCACAAGCUGGAAUACAUUAAGCUUAAGAAGUGGCUGAAAGACAGAGGAUUUGAAGACAGUAAUUUAAGACCAGCACAGUUCUGGGAUACAGGAAGAGGACUGAUGACAACAAAAGCUCUUCAGGCAGGGGAUCUGAUUAUUUCAUUGCCUGAGAAAUGCUUAGUCACUACGGGCACUGUCCUGAGUAGCUACCUGGGAGAAUACAUAAUCAAAUGGAAGCCUCCUGUAUCUCCUCUGAUAGCACUGUGCACAUUUUUGAUAGCAGAGAAGCAUGCUGGUGAGAAAUCUCUGUGGAAGCCAUAUCUCGAUGUUUUGCCCAAGACGUACACUUGCCCUGUUUGUUUGGAGCAUGAUGUAGUAAGCCUUCUUCCUGAACCUUUGAGGAAGAAGGCUCAGGAGCAGAGAACGACGGUCCAUGAGUUGUACACGUCUUCUGAGGCUUUUUUCUCUUCCCUGCAGCCUUUGUUUGCUGAGAACACAGGAGCUAUUUUUAACUACAGUGCUCUAGAGUGGGCUUGGUGCACUGUUAAUACCCGGACAAUAUACAUGAAACACUCACAGAGGGAAUGUUUUUCUUUUGAGACAGAUGUUUAUGCAUUGGCACCAUAUUUAGAUUUGCUAAACCAUAGUCCAAAUGUUCAGGUAAAGGCUGCGUUUAAUGAGCAGACAAGAAGCUAUGAAAUUUGGACAAAUUCCCAGUGCAAGAAAUAUGAAGAAGUAUUUAUCUGCUAUGGGCCUCAUGAUAAUCAGCGGCUGCUACUAGAAUAUGGAUUUGUUGCCGUUGAUAACCCUCACAGCAGUGUUUAUGUCUCAUCAGAUACUCUCAUCAGAUAUUUUUCACCACUGGACAAGCAGAGAAAAGCAAAAGUUUCCAUUCUAAAGGAUCAUGAUUUCUUAGGAAACCUGACCUUCGGAUGGGAUGGACCAUCUUGGAGACUCCUCACAGCCCUCAAGUUGUUGAGUCUUGAAGCAGAUGAAUUUACUUGCUGGAGGAGAGUGCUGCUUGGUGAUGUAAUUUCAGCCAGAAAUGAACAGCAGACUUUGACUAUAACAGCAAAAAUAUGCCAUUUUUUAAUAGAGGAGACACAGCGUGUCCUUCUUCAGAUUUCCCAGUUGAAAGAGAACAAAGAGAACCUCAAAAAACACCUGGCUUUGGUAGAAGCAUUACGCUUGGAAGAUCUGAAGAUACUACAAAAAUCAGCAGAGAUUCUUUGCAACUUGAAUAAGACAACAGCUUGACCCAUCUGGAGCU